UGCGCUUUGCCGCUAAUUGGCGCCAUUGCUGGAUUGGCAGGACCUUCGCUAAAGCUCAUGUGAUCAUGGUUGAAGCAAUCAGAAAGCAAAGGUUCUGGCGCGGCAUCUUCAUCCUUCUUUCAAGCUCGGUAAAUUUGGACCUAAGAGGCUAUCUGCUAGCCUAACUGCUGUGCUUGUUGUUGAAAGGGAGGUGCCUGGUUGAGCAACCAUGUUGCACGUCCAAAUCAGGGGCGCUGAUGCGGCGGGGGAAGAAACUUCAACGUCGGGGGAGAGAAGUUCUCAAGGAGAAUCGGCGCAUGAUGAAGUCGCCUUCUUGGAUGGCGGCUGGGUGACAGUGGGCAAGAAGCGGCGGGACAAAGAGAAGAAGCUCAUGGUCGGACAGGAAGAAGACGAUGGUGGGGAACUGAAGACGGUGCGCUUUUCUUCAGGAAAUCCGAAGAUGGAAAAGAGGUCUGGGGUCGUCCACUUGUUCAGAAACGUGGAGCAAUCAACGGAGGCGCUACAAGUUUUGCCGGACGGUCGGACGGAGCAGGUGUGCGUGCUGGCAGUCCCGUCCUACAUGUCCGGCGCCGACUUCUGCCAGUUCACGGGGGAACACCUCGCGUACAUCUCAAAACUCAGGAUAGUCAGGUACGAAAACGCGACCAAUCAGUACAUGGUCCUGCUUAAGUUCGACUCGCAGGAACAUGCUGACGACUUCUACCUGUCAUACAACGGGAAGCAGUUUUCUUCCCUGGAGCCCAUCUUCUGCCACGUUUUCUUUACCUCGGACGUCCAGUACACGGAUUCGGACGAGGUGGCGUCGACCCCACCUGCAGGCCUGGUGGAACUGCCCACGUGUCCAGUCUGCCUAGAACGGAUGGAUGCGCACAUCAGCGGCAUUCUCAUCACCGUCUGCAACCACUCCUUCCACAGCAGCUGUAUAUCGAAAUGGUCCGACUCCACCUGUCCGGUCUGUCGAUAUGUCCAAGAGCAGCCGACCGACUCAGUGUGUGACGACUGCGGCACGACGGAGAACCUGUGGAUGUGCGUCAUCUGCGGGAACGUCGGCUGCGGGCGCUACAAGAUGCAGCACGCGGUGAACCACUACAAGCAGACGGGGCACGCAUUCUCGCUCGAGUGCGGCACCCAAAACGUGUGGGACUAUGCUGGUGACGGCUACGUCCACCGCCUGCUUUCGUCUUUGGACGACGGCAAGGUCGUCGAACUCGCGCGCCCGGGACGCCCCGAGGACGUCAUCGACGCCGAAAUGGAGGUCGCACUGCAGACGAGCAAAUACGACGCGAUUGCGAUGGAGUACAACCAGAUGACGUUGGCGUGCCUGGACAGCCAACGUCAGCACUUCGAGGAGCGGCUCGCGCAGAAAGAUCUGGAACGAGACAUGGCCGUCGCGCGGGAAGUAGAAAAGGCGAACCAUCGAGUGUCGCAGAAGGCGGGGGCGAGGGUCGUGGAGGCCGAAAAGGAGCUGCGAGAAGCGCGGCAUAUGAUCAACGAUCUGACGGCUAACGUGAAGGAACUCAAGGGGCUGCUGAAGCAGCGAGAAGACCGGCAUAAGAAGGAGCUGGCGGCCAAGGAUGCUACCAUAGAAGACCUGAACGAACAGGUUCGAGACCUUCUCUUCAACUUCGAGGCGCAAAGGACGUUCGAGGAGGCAGCAUCUGCGGAUCCAGAGCUGCGAGAGGGGUCCGUUCAAGCAGUACCAGCGAACCCCCCGACGAGUGCAAAAAAAGGCGCCAAGCCUGGGCGGAAACGAUGACGCUGUGCGGUCGGCUUCAGCAAGAGUUCGACCCUUGUCACCACGUGACAGUAUAUAAGAUUUGCGGUCGGUUCCGCAUUUCAAUUGGGGGUUGGCCGCGCUCAUACUUACCAGACUGUAAAUAGAAAUUUGUACAUUAACCAGAGCAUUAGUAUAUUGACGGGAUGUGUUUGGUGACACCAUUUGCCUAAUGACGUCUCGUAAGGCCGCAUCCAUUCAUGUCGUAUGCCACCAGUGGGUAGUGAAAUAUGGACGUUCUCAACGGAUGUAAUCCUUGAAAAUGUCACAGCUAGGCCCGUCGUCACAAUUCUGCAC